AAUUGGGUUUCAAGUGCUCAGUUUUUUUAGACCACUAUUUUGAACCGCACGAGAUUGUUCUAUACUAUCAACUCCCAACAAUAAUCUAAGAUGCCUAAGACAAAAGGAUUGAUGGAGCGGAUUAGGGAUGGGGAAACAGUCGUUUGUGCUGAGGGGUAUAUAUUUGCCUUCGAGCGUCUUGGAUACCUGAAAGCCGGACCGUUUACCCCUGAAGUUGUAGUGGAUCAUCCCGAGCUUGUACGUCAGAUGUACAAGGACUUCGUGCGCGCAGGAAGUGACGUCGUCCAAGCCUUUACGUAUUACGGUCAUCGUAACAAGUUCAAACUGGUUGGCCGUGAAGAUGAGCUCGAGAAGCAGAAUCGCCUCGCCCUCAAGAUGGCGAGAGAGGUUGCCGAUGAUACAGGGACAUUGAUGUGUGGUGAUCUUAGUAACACGUGGGUCUACCAACCUGGUAAUGAAGAGGCGAUUGCAGAGACUAAAUCCAUGUUCAAGGAACAAGUCGAAUGGGCGGUAGACGAAGGGGCCGAUUUUAUAGUGGCCGAGACCAUUGGUCAUCUGGGGGAAGCUUUGCUCGCCACUGAAGCUAUCAAGCAAUAUGGAAAAGGUGUUCCAGCGGUGAUAACCUUCGCAUCUCAUUACACUCAGAAGCAGGAUGACGGUGGGCAGACCACUGCCGAUGGUGUCGAGGUCAACGAAGCUCUUCGUAAACUGGUUGCUGCAGGAGCUGAUGUCGUAGGAUUCAACUGCACUCUUGGACCAGUGUCGAUGAUACCAUACUUGGAGAGAGCUGUGGAGGCUAACAUUGGGGCUCCUUUAGCUGCAGUACCAGUGCCUUACAGGACGACCCUCAAAGAACCCACCUUCACAACCAUUCUUGAUCCGUGGACAGGUAAGCGAGCCUUCCCCGACAACCUCGACUGUCUCUUAUGCUCUCGUGAAGACGUCGUCAAGUUUACCCAACAAUGUGUCAAGCUGAAAAUACCCUACAUAGGGCUCUGUUGCGGCAACGCCCCACACUUCACCAGGACCAUGGCUGAAACCCUUGGUAGGGUCACCGAGGCGUCCAAGUACUCACCAGACAUGUCCGUACAUGGGAUCUAUGGAACGGAUGACCGGAAGGUCAAUACUUACUAUACCAAAGAACUAGCUAAUGCAAAAUAAGUAUGACCUUUAACAGGAUGUGAUUGAUGGGUCACACCAAUUAAAUCGACUCCAA